AUGCCAACGUUUUUUAUGAAAUUUCUGGUUCGUUCCCUUUCGCACAAAUCACGUUGCGAUGUGCGCCGUGAGGCUGCGUGGAUGUGCUCAAACAUUGCUGCAAGCAGGCCCGAUCAUGCGGAUUUGCUGUUCUUGGACUGGAACGUGUUUGCGAUGUUACUCGAAGGUUGCUCUUCAUCAGAGAAAAAGCUUAAAAAAGAAUGCAUGUGGACAAUUGUCAAUUUACUUACUGGAGCAAAUGUCGACAAAACAAAGUUUAUGGUCGCAGCAGGAGUAUUUUAUGUUAUUCCAACACUGCUAUCGACGUCAGAUUUUCGACUGACUGAACGAACAUUGCAAGCGAUGCGCUUGCUGUUACCUUUCUAUCCGGAACAUGCAAUAUAUGUGAAAGAUUCGAAUAUGUUGGACUUAGUAAAGCCGAGAUUUGUGGAGACUGACAUGCAUAUACAGGAGUUGAAAGCCGACAUUGAAGCGAUGGUCGACGCAAGAUCGAUACCGAUUGUUCCAUCAUGUACAUACACAUUCGUCUAUUAA